GUGUCCAGGACUAAGCCUGUAUGUGUCACCUGCAGUGCCCAUCUACAAUGCGAUUAUGUUUCUCUUUGUGCUGGCCAACUUCAGCAUGGCCACCUUCAUGGACCCAGGGAUUUUCCCUCGAGCUGAGGAGGAUGAAGACAAAGAAGAUGACUUCCGAGCUCCUCUUUACAAAACAGUGGAGAUCAAGGGCAUCCAGGUGCGCAUGAAAUGGUGUGCCACCUGUCGCUUUUACCGUCCUCCUCGAUGUUCCCACUGCAGUGUUUGUGACAACUGUGUGGAGGAAUUUGAUCAUCACUGCCCUUGGGUGAACAACUGUAUCGGUCGCAGGAACUACCGUUAUUUCUUCCUCUUCCUCCUUUCCUUGACAGCCCACAUUAUGGGUGUGUUUGGCUUUGGCCUCCUUUAUGUCCUCUACCACAUAGAGGAACUCUCAGGGGUCCGCACGGCUGUCACAAUGGCAGUGAUGUGUGUGGCUGGCUUAUUCUUCAUCCCUGUAGCUGGCCUCACGGGAUUUCAUGUGGUGCUGGUGGCUAGGGGACGCACAACCAAUGAACAGGUUACGGGUAAAUUCCGGGGAGGUGUGAACCCCUUUACCAAUGGCUGCUGUAACAAUGUCAGCCAUGUACUCUGCAGUUCUCCAGCACCCAGGUAUUUGGGGAGACCAAAGAAAGAGAAGACAAUUGUAAUUAGACCUCCUUUCCUUCGACCAGAAGUGUCAGAUGGACAGAUAACUGUGAAGAUCAUGGAUAAUGGAAUUCAGGGAGAGCUAAGGAGAUCGAAGUCUAAGGGAAGCCUGGAGAUAACAGAAAGCCAGUCUGCAGAUGCAGAACCUCCACCUCCUCCUAAGCCGGACCUGAGCCGUUACACAGGGCUACGAACACACCUCAGCCUGGCUACUAAUGAGGAUAGUAGCCUCUUGGGCAAGGACAGCCCCCCCACACCUACCAUGUACAAGUAUCGGCCAGGUUACAGUAGCAGCAGUACAUCAGCCGCCAUGCCUCAUUCCUCCAGCGCCAAGUUAAGUCGUGGAGACAGCUUGAAGGAGCCAACCUCAAUUGCUGAAAGCAGCCGCCAUCCCAGCUACCGUUCAGAGCCCAGCUUGGAGCCAGACAGUUUCCGGUCUCCCACCUUUGGCAAAAGCUUUCACUUCGAUCCACUAUCCAGUGGCUCACGCUCUUCCAGCCUUAAGUCAGCCCAGGGCACAGGCUUUGAGCUGGGCCAGUUGCAGUCCAUCCGUUCAGAAGGCACCACCUCCACGUCCUAUAAAAGUCUGGCUAACCAGACACGCAAUGGAAGCCUGUCUUAUGACAGCCUACUCACUCCUUCAGACAGCCCUGAUUUUGAGUCAGUGCAGGCAGGGCCUGAGCCAGAUCCACCUUUAGGCUACACCUCUCCCUUCCUGUCAGCCCGGCUGGCCCAGCAACGGGAAGCCGAGAGGCACCCACGUUUGGUGCCAACCGGCCCAACACAUCGAGAGCCCUCACCAGUCCGUUAUGACAAUCUGUCACGCCACAUUGUGGCCUCCCUCCAGGAACGAGAGAAGCUGCUACGCCAGUCACCCCCACUUGCAGGCCGUGAGGAAGACCCAGGCUUGGGGGACUCGGGCAUUCAAUCAACACCAGGCUCAGGCCAUGCCCCUCGUACUAGUUCUUCCUCAGAUGAUUCGAAGAGAUCACCUUUGGGCAAGACUCCUCUGGGACGCCCAGCUGUCCCCCGUUUUGGCAAACCAGAUGGGCUAAGGGGCCGGGGAGUAGGGUCUCCUGAACCAGGCCCAACUGCUCCAUACUUGGGCCGAUCUAUGUCUUAUAGCCAAAAAGCCCCACCUGGUGUCUCUGAGACGGAGGAAGUGGCCUUGCAGCCAUUACUGACACCCAAAGAUGAAGUACAGCUCAAGACCACCUACAGCAAAUCCAAUGGGCAGCCCAAGAGUAUAGGCUCGGCCUCCCCUGGCCCAGGCCAGCCACCUCUCAGUAGCCCCACAAGGGGCGGAGUCAAGAAGGUGUCAGGGGUGGGUGGUACCACCUAUGAGAUUUCAGUGUGAGCCUUCGGCGCCUUUCCUUCCCCAUGCCUCUGCGCCAACACCAAAGGGCCCCAGGUGGCCACCUUCCUUCCCUCAAGGGGUUCCCCUACCCUGAAUGGACAUUUUUAGACCACUGAUUCCAAGAGGAUGAGGAGCGUUUUAUAAAAUGCCACAGGGUUGGGGAGUCGGAGAGUUGGGGCCCUGAGACUGGGGUAACCCCCUUUUACCUUUUAAGACCUUUCCUUCCCUUCUUAAUCCCUGGACCAGACUCAGUGGACAUUUGUGCAAUUGCUCGCCCUGGAGGGAACCAGAUCAUUUUUAAACCAGAAAUAAUUUUUUUUAUUAUUGUUACGGAUUCUAUUUUUUUCCUCUUCUGCGUUACCAGGUGUGUGUGUACAUAUAUAUAUAUAUAUAUAUAUAUAUAUAUAUUAUAAAUAUCAAAGAAAUUAUAUAUCCUGGGAUGGGAGAAUGAGGGAGGGAUAUAUAUAGAUAUAUAGAUAUAUCUAUAUAUAUCUAUAUAUAUAAGGAGGGGGAUUUUAUUCUUCUCUUUCCUUAGACCAGCAGGAAAAAAAGGAGAGACAUGGAAAUCUUCCUUUUUCCCAUGGUUCCCUCCAUUUUGUCCCAGUUACCAACUAAAGAAAUAGCACCUCCUGUUGGUGCUAAAGUGAUUAGGGAAGAAACUUGGGGAGAGGUGAGUCUGGGGUCUUUGUCAGAGGAGGGAAGGACUUGGAGAGGACAGUUAAUUUUCUAGGCUCAUUGGCAUCUAGUUUCCCUAGGAAAGGGGUUGCAGCUCCAUGACAUUGGUGGUGGUGGGAGGGAUCAGGAAGAGAGCUUGGCCUAAUUUAAGAAGUAAUAUGGGAUAAUCCUCCAUUCUUGGGGGAGAGAGAUUAGGGUGGGCUUCUUCAUUGAGCCCCUCAAAGCUUCCCUGUAGCUUACAUGGCUGAAGUGAUUUUAAAAUCUAAGGCCAAGAGACGAAUCCAAAAAGCAAUAUUUUUCAUCACAUGCCAAAAAUGGGAUUGAGAGAAGGAGUGGCAGGCUUAGGCCCCUCCGAUUGUCCCUUGGGGGUUACCCCUCAGCCCACCUCAUGUAUGGUGCUGGGUAGAGGGGAUACCUGGGUUCUAACCUCUAAACAGAGAAGACCCCAGCCUCUACAGAGAGGCCCUUUUAUUUUUUAUUCUGAUUAGCCAUUUUAAACCGACAAGGAAUAAAAACAAAUCCUGAUCUAAC